UCUCUCUCUCUCUCUCUCUCUCUCUCUCUCUAAUAUUCAUCAAAAGUGUAAUUGCAAUGGCUCCAAUGACUCUACCACCUGGAUUCAGGUUCCACCCUACAGAUGAAGAACUUGUAGCUUACUACUUGGAAAGAAAAAUAACAGGUAGAACUAUAGAGCUUGAUAUCAUUGCAGAAGUUGAUCUCUACAAAUGUGAACCAUGGGAUUUACCAGAAAAAUCAUUUCUUCCAAGCAAGGACAUGGAGUGGUAUUUUUAUAGUCCAAGAGAUAGAAAAUAUCCAAAUGGAUCAAGAACAAAUAGAGCAACAAGAGGUGGUUAUUGGAAAGCAACUGGAAAAGAUAGGGCAGUGAAUUCUCAAAAGAGACAAGUUGGAAUGAAGAAGACACUUGUUUAUUACAAAGGUAGAGCACCUCAUGGGAUUAGAACCAAUUGGGUUAUGCAUGAAUAUCGUCUCAUUGAAUCACAUCCUGGUGCUUCUCUCUCUUCUUUGAAGGAUUCCUACUCGUUGUGUCGAAUUUUCAAAAAGACAAUUCAAAUCCCAACAAAAAAUAAUGAGGAACAAGUUGAAGAAACAAAGAAGGAAAUGAUGUUAGAAGAACAAGUGCAAGGGGAAGACUCAAGUGGCACUGAAAAUUCAAGAGAAAUAAUGGAAACUAUGGAUAAAAAAAUUCUUAAUCAAGAUGAACAUCCAAAAUUUCUAUGUGAUGCUUCUUCUUCUGAUGUCACUCAAGGAACAUGUACACCAACAAAUACAUGUAAUAAUAAUAUAACCGAUGAUUUUCAUGCACAAUUUGCUUGUGAUGAAGCAAAUAGUUCAGCUAUUUCUUAUCCAAUUGGAAUUGGCUACCCCUCAAACUUAUUUCAGGAUAUAGAAAUACCUAUGUAUGGUGGUUUCCAUAAUCAAUUUCCACAAACACCUUUUAUGAUUGAAGAUUUUCCACAAAUUGAGACAAAGUCAAUAUUGAAGCCAGAUAUGACUAAUGAUGACUGCUUUUUGUAUGACAAAUAUAGAGACUGUAUGAAUGGAACACUAGAAGAAAUCAUCUCUUUAUGUUCCUCUCAAGAUCAUUCUUUGGCUUUUCCUAUGCUAUAGAAUGAUUAUUAUACUAACAUAUAAAAUGCAUCACUAAAACUAUAGUAUAUGAAUUAUAUCAUAUAUUACUUAAUAUUCAUUGACACUUGAGAAACAAUUGUGUUGGCUAAAAUAACCACACAAAUUGUUUUUUUUUCUUCUUUUUUUUCAGCCGAAUAGUAAAGGCUACACUUGUAGAUUAUACUAGCCAAGGAGGCUAGCUAGAUGGCAUAUUUUUCUUUGGUUUAUGUUGUUUUUUUUUUUGUUUUAAUAGGAGUUUUUCUUUUUCUAUUUAAGACUUAUUAGAUUAGAAUAUUACAUAUAAUCUUGUAUGUUGGUGUUGAAAUGUUUUGUAUGCUAUGGAAGCAAUUAAUG